AUGCUAGUCUUCAUUUUCCUGGCCAUGGGGCUGUGCUCAGAAAAUGAAUCCACUUCCCAAACCACUGACUGCACAUAUUUGAGAGACCAAUGCCUAAGUGAUGUGAAUGGAUGCAAACAUGCCUGGAGAAUAAUGGAAGAUGCCUGCAGUGUUUCAGAUCCAGGUGACCCCUGCAGGAUGAAGAAUUCAUUGAGCUGUAACCUGGGCAUCCAAUCCUUAGUGGAAACCAGUUUACAAUUUAAAGAUUGUCUCUGUACUGAUGACUUCUAUUGCACUGUUAACAAACUGCUUGGAAAAAAAUGCAUCAAUGAAUCAGAUAACAUGAAAGAGGGUAAUAAAUUCGAGUAGAAUCUAACCACUCUUUUCUAUCAUGGAACGAAAGGGAUCCGGUCCUGUUUGGAAGUGGCAGAGAUGUGUGUAGGGGAUGCGGUCUGUAAUGCACAGUUGGCCCUGUACCUUAAAGCUUGCUCAGCAAAUGGAAAUCUGUGUGAUGUGAAACACUGCCAAGCAGCCAUACGGUUCUUCUAUCAAAAUAUGCCUUUUAAUAUUGCCCAGAUGUUGGCUUUCUGUGACUGUGCUCCAUCUGAUAUACCUUGUCAGCAGUCCAAAGAAGCUCUUCACAGCAAGCCAUGUGCAGUGAACAUAGUUCCACCCCCUACUUGCCUCAAUGUAAUUCGCAGCUGCCGAAAUGAUGAAUUAUGCAGGAGGCGCUACAGGACAUUUCAGUCAAAAUGCUGGCAGCCUGUGACUAGAAAGUGCCACGAAGAUGAGGCUUGCAUCAGUACCUUGGGCAAGCAGGACCUCACUUGCUCAGGAAGCGAUGACUGCAAAGCAGCUUACAUGGGCACCCUUGGGACGGUGCUUCAAGUGCAGUGCACCUGUAGGACCAUGUCACAAAGUGAAGAAUCUCUGUGCAAGAUUUUCCAGCAUAUGCUUCACAGAAGAUCAUGUUUCAAUUAUUCAGCUCCGGCUAAUGUCAAAGGCAUUGGGUUGCAAAAAAGAAAACAACCAAAGGAAAAAACUCUAAAUGGAUUUCAUUCCCCCUUCAACGGAGAAGUGAUUUAUGCCGUCAUGUGCAUGACAGUCACCUGUGGAAUCCUUCUCGUGGUUUUGUUCAAGCUGAGAACCUUCAGAAUAUCAACUCAAACCAGAGAUCGAUCACCAAGCCAAAUACCUGGAGGACUCAUGGUUCAUUAA